AUGGGGGAUGUGACACUCGGUUUCUCCCGCAGGUUCCAGCGCGGGGACUACACGGUGGAGGUGAGCAUCAACGACUACCUGGACAUCUACUGCCCGCACUACGAGGAGCCGCUGCCCGAGCGCAUGGAGCGCUACGUGCUCUACAUGGUCAACUACGAGGGCCACGUCUCCUGCGACCACCGGCAGCGCGGCUUCAAGCGCUGGGAGUGCAACCGGCCCGACUCCCCCAACGGGCCCCUCAAGUUCUCCGAGAAGUUCCAGCUCUUCACCCCCUUCUCACUGGGCUUUGAGUUCCGGGGUGGCCACGAGGCCCACUUAAUUUCCGCGUCCCCCCCGAACGUGGUGGACAAGCCCUGCCUGAAGCUGAAGGUUUAUGUUCGGCCAACAACCGCGUCCCCCCCGAACGUGGUGGACAAGCCCUGCCUGAAGCUGAAAGUUUAUGUUCGGCCAACAACUGACGAGCCUGGAGACAUCAAGCUGAAGGAGAUCUUCGAGACUCCCUCCGAGAUCGCCCUGGUCCUGGAGCUGGUGACGGGAGGAGAGCUCUUCGACAGGAUCGUGGAGAGGGGGUUCUACAGCGAGCGGGACGCGGCUCAUGUCGUCAAGCAGAUCCUGGAGGCUGUUUCGUAUCUGCAUGAAAACGGAGUCGUCCACCGGGACCUGAAGCCGGAGAACCUGCUCUACGCAGACCUGUCCCCCGACGCGCCCCUUAAAAUCGGUGACUUCGGGCUCUCCAAGAUCGUGGAUGAACAGGACACCAUGAAAACCGCCGUGGUGGCCUCCAGCCGCCUGGGCAACCACGGCCACCACGACUGCUCCCGCAGCGGGCGCAGCCAGCAGGGGGGCCCCCCUGUCCCCCCCCUGUCCCAGGGCACAGGGACCACCAGCCCUGAAGCCACCAGCACCACCGAGGAGCUCGAGGCCUUCCGGAGCGACGUGCCCGCGGUGCCCGUGCCCGGCGGCAGGAGCUGA